AUGGACUAUCUCAGGAACUUGGGUUCUGCAGCUGUUUCAUCUUUGGUUCAAAAGUCCGGUAUUAACCUUCCGUUCUCCUUGGGGCAGAAAGUCACGUCGUUCGAGACUUUCUGGAAUCUAUAUGAUGCUACUAAAAGGGAUGAUGGAAGCCCCGUAUCGGUUUUUGAGUAUGAUUUCAAUCAUCCCUUGAACAAGCCUACGAUUCCUCUUGCUCGAAAUGCCCUGCGCAAACUGCGCACAAUACGUCACCCUGAUGUCCUCAAGUUUAUGGACGUUGUCGAAACUGAUACGGUCAUCUAUAUCAUGACGGAACGUGUGCGACCGCUCCCGCUGGCUUUGAAAUCCUGGUCCACCAAAAGUGCAGAGGAGCGGGAAGAUUGGCUGCUAUGGGGUCUGCAUCGAAUAUCGGUAGCCUUGGCUUUCGUCAACGAAUCAUGUUCGUCUACUCAUGGCAACGUUCGGACCAACUCGAUCUUCAUAUCACCUUCCGGGGAAUGGAAGCUGGGAGGAUUUGAAGUGCUAAGUAGUCCGAAGGAUGAUAUGGCUGUUAUAUAUACUAUGGGUGGCCUUUUGCCCGAUGCAAUGUCUUACGCUCCUCCAGAAGUCAAGAAGAGCGGUUGGCACAACUUGAAAGAGCAGGAUGUUGCCCCCGCCGACGCAUAUUCACUUGGUCUACUGCUUCACUCGGUCUUUAACCCAACACAUCCCCCUCCCGCGACAGCUCAGCCACCACACCCUCCCCCCCAACCAUCUACCAGAGGAGCGAUUCCUGUCGCUCUAUUCCCAUCCUUCAAGAAGUUGCUUAAUCCGAAUCCAAAGGCACGUAUGUCUCCCAAAUUGUUUCUGGAUAUCGGUAUGGCCGAGACCGCAGGAGAAGGCUCCGGUUUCUUCUCCAACAACCGGCUGGUGAAGGUAUGUACUGGUUUGGAUAAUUUCAGCCUCGGAAGUGAGGCAGAAAAAACAAGUUUGCUUCGGACUCUCAAAGAAUCGGCGUCGUCUUUCCCUCCGGAGUUUGCAUCAUUUCGCGUGCUACCAUCGCUUAUAUCUGCGCUGGAGUAUGGGGGUGCAUCAGCAGCAACGAUUCUUCCUCUGGUGCUACAAUUCGGGAAAAAUGUCUCUCCAGAAGAUUAUUCUAGUGUCAUUCUCGCUCCCUUGAUAAAGUUAUACGCCAGUCCAGAUCGCGGUACUCGUAUGGCAUUGCUAGACCACCUUCCUGAGUACGCUGAAAAGCUAGACAAAAAGGUAGUCGUAGACAAGAUCUGGCCUCACUUGCAAACGGGAUUCACAGAUACCGUCGCUGUGAUAAGGGAAGCCACCGUUAGAGCUGUCGUCCUCCUCUCGCUCAAGCUCAACGACCGAAUACUGAAUAACGACCUAUUACGACACCUGGCCAAAAUGCAAAAUGACAUUGAACCUUCAAUUCGAACGAAUACCUGCAUUCUUAUCGGGCGAUUAGGUCCUACUCUGGGGUACAACACUAAACGCAAAGUCCUUGUCCCUGCCUUUUCUCGCGCUCUUAAGGACCCGUUCGUCCAUGCACGCGUGGCUGGGCUGAUGGCAUUUAUGGCCACGAUUGACUGUUUUGAUGUAGAAGAUAUGGCUGGCAAAGUCAUUCCCGGUAUUUCAUCUACUAUGCUAGAUAAAGAAAAGCUAGUUCGCGAUCAAGCAUUCAAAGCCAUCGACUUGUUUGUAAAGAAGCUUGAGGCGCACGCUGCCUCCAUGCCCGAAACAGCUCAAACCGAAGAUGGCUCUCUGGAGCCCGUAGUGCCAGGUGGUUAUAGCCAAACUGCUAUCGUCAACUCAGCUACUGGCGCUGCAGGAGCGCUUGCAGGUUGGGCUAUAUCAUCGAUUGGGAAAAAGCUUGCACCAGCAGAUAUGCAGACUUCGAUGGGUUCUCCUGCAAUCAAUACCCUCGAGCGGCCAACUUCCGCACCACCUCCUCUCGCCAACACUGGCUCCUCAGUGCGUCCAAAUCAGCUCCUCUCCGUACCUUCUGCCGUAUCCGCCGCAAAUUCAACAGUCUCUUCGCCUGCAUUCCCCGUCAGCCAAGGGCCCAAGGCUCGGGGGCUUCAGCUCGGUGCAAACAAGGUUCCUGCGAGCGUGGCUUCUGCAGCCCUGGCUGCACAACUUGCUGAGGAGGCUGCUACCGAAGAGGGUGGGAGCUAUCCAUGGACUAGUGAAGAUUUGAUAGAUAUCAACGCCGACGAGGAUGAUUGGAGCGCGUUUGAGAGUGCACCAGCGGUCUUACCAACUGUCAUCGAGCCCAAACCCAUUUCGGCUGUCGGUUUGGGGCUUGGAAUCUCAUUAGAGAACGGACAUACUGUUCAAGAGAACUCUGAUAAUCCAUGGGGAGAAAUGGAGUCUCUGUCUACUACUACCGAUAGCUAUGCUAACCCAUGGAGUUCUCCAUCUCGACCGAGCUUCUCUUCCCUCUCUACGCAACCUCGUAAAGCUUCCACCCCACUUGCCAGACUUACGAGUGCCUCCCCUGUGUCGAGCAUACGGUCUACUCCAGUAUCGUCACCACCACCUCCAGACCCGGAUAUCGACAAAAAGAACAUCACAGUGAGUUUGGCAAGCAUGACUAAGGAGGAGAAAGCCGCAGAGAUGGCGCGCAGAAAGGAAGAAAGGAGACAGCGUAUCGAGAAGCUCAAGGAGCAAAAGAAGAACGCAGCCGGAGCGAAAUCGUAA